GCAUUGGCAUUGGCAAUGGCAGCAAUUCCUUCACAUUUCCAAAUUUGUUGCCCAUCUUGGACUUGGACUUGAACACACACACACACACACCCAUCUGACCCAACAAACCCAGAAACUCCCCUCUUUGCACCUCCUCAUUCCUCACUCUCUCAUAAUUCUCCUUUCCCCAAUUUUCCUUCAUCUUCUUCUUCUCCAUUUUCCCCAAUUCCCCACCUUCCUUAAUCCUUUUCUUUCAAAACCCACCAUGGCUCAUUCUCCAUAACACUCCCUAUUUCCAUUUCCAACCCCCAGAACCCACAAAUGUCCUCCCAACACAUCAAUGGCCUCAACUCCCACCUCCUCUUCCAAGACGAAUCCCUCCCUUUCAAUUGCUCCUCCACCCCCCAUCGCCGCCUCCCCGACCCACCUCCCAAAACCCGCGAACUCUGCGGCUUCAUGGACGACAAGCUCUUCCCUGUCGUCGACCGUGACCGAUUCUUUUCCCAACAGGGUGAGGAUUUCCGCCGCAGUGUGUUCGGUCCCAACCGGAAUUGGAAUGGGACUGCGCGAACUGGAAGUGGGAAAGGAUCGGAUGAGGAAGAUGACGACGACGACGACGACGACGAUGAAGAUGAAGUCGAUGAUGGCGAUGCUGGUCUUAAAGGGCUUGUUUCUUUGAAUGAUGUUAAUAAGUGUAGUAAAACUGGUAACCCCACUGACAGUAACAAUGACAGAAGUGAUCAGAGUAGUGGGGGCUUGAAGAAUGGGACAAACAAAUUGGGAAAUGGGAAGCUUAAGCAGCAUUCUUCUUUUGGUGGGACUUUGUUAGUCAAAGAUGCUUUGGUUGGGUCGUCCGGAGCAAGUCAGAGUGAAAACAAUCCGCAGGGAAGGUUGGGGAAUUAUCCAAAUGCGGUUACAGUUGCAGAGCCUGAUAGUGAAGCUUAUUAUUCUCAGUAUUUGCAAAGCAAUGAAGGUUCUGCUUCUGAGCAGAAGGAUUUGAGUAUGGAAAAUGGAUGUGGUUUUGGGAGAAGGGAUGUUUUGUUUUCAGGAGAGCCUGGAGAGUCUUUGAGAGCAAUUCUCACUGACCCUGUGACGUUUGUUUUUCUUGAAAUCAGCGGUGCUCUCAUGGAUGAUGCAAUGAUAUUGCCGUGUGGGCAUUCCUUUGGGAGUGGUGGAAUACAACAUGUUCUUAGAGUAAAAUCUUGUUACUCUUGCUCUCAGUCAGUUUCUGAAGACUCUAUUGCCCAAAACUUAUCUCUUCAAGCUGCAGUCCGAGCAUUCCGCCGUGAAGAAGAAUUAUUAUUUUACCACUCACCGAAAAGGAGAAGGGAGAGGUUUGAGCAGGACAAGGGUGGUUAUGGUGAUUUGACUCUCAUGGCCACUCAAAGAGGUCGAGGUGUUCAGUUUCCUUUUGCGGUGACAGAUAGGGUAAUUAUUAAGGGGAACAAGAGGACGCCGCAACGUUUUGUGGGACGUGAGGCUGUUGUUACAACACAGUGCUUGAAUGGAUGGUAUGUGGUGAAAACGCUAGACAAUGCAGAGAGUGUAAAGUUGCAGUACCGCUCACUUGCAAAGGUUCCAAAUGAUGCAAGAUCAAAGACGAUAACAAGGAAGGUCACGCCAAAUUGGCUUUAGCCUUGCAGUGUAGAUUAUAGGAACUUGAACUUGAGAUGCAUUACGAGCAUAGUAUUUUGAGGCUCAUUAUGUUGUAUGUAUUUAUAACACAAAGAAAGGGAGUGAUUUGUAGGUGUUGUAAAUAUACUUAAAACAUAUACCCUUUCGAUAGUUGAGUUUGAGGAGAGAUAGGAUUGAGUUAUGAGAUAGGAAAAUGCUUUAGUUUUUCUAUAUCAGGUGAUUAGCAUUGUAUUUAAGUAAAGAGGAUCACCUAAAUUUUGAGACUUAUUGUAAUGGAGUUUUGGUAGUGUGUGGUUUGGAGGCUUGGAUGAUUUUUCAA